AGAGGAGUCCGGAGGGCUCCAGGAGGGAGGCCAGCAGGAGACGAGAGACGAGCACCAGCCCAGCCACGCAGGAUUCCCCGGCGAGGCGUUGAAGCCAGAAGUGCUGGAGCAGUCGGGCUUCCAUAGGAGAAGUUUUCUGCAGGCAAGAAGGCCCCGAACUGAGCUGGCUAGGACUGGAGCUGUGUAGUGGCCAAUGGACCGUGCCCUCUGAGAGGGGCUGCGGAGUUGGUGGGCGCACGCUGGGAUGGCCGUCUAUAACAACGGGGCCAAGAUGCCUUCCCCCCAGGAGGCGGCCAAUGGCUUUCCCCAACCCGGCGCCUCCGGCACCUGGCACAAGCCGGAGGAGGAGGCACGGCUGGUGGAGCCCAGCCUGGUGAAGAAGGCUCACCGGGAGAUCCUGGAUCACGAGCGGAAGCGGCGGGUGGAGCUGAAGUGCAUGGAGCUGCAGGAGAUGAUGGAGGAGCAAGGGUAUUCGGAAGAGGAGAUCCGGCAGAAAGUGGGGACCUUCCGGCAAAUGCUGAUGGAGAAGGAGGGAGUGCUCACCAGGGAGGACCAGCACGGGCGCCAGAUCGUGAUCGAAAACCACCACCUGGAGGAGUACGCCAUGGAGUACCCAGAGUACGGAGAGGGCUGCCUGCUGCCCUGUGACUGCCCAGCCGACUGCUAUCGAGAUCACUGCAGCCACAGAGAGCACAGGCUGAAGAGGAGGUUAAGCAGCUCCACCUCGCCGCCACCCAAGAAGAAAAAGAAAAAGAAAUCGGGUCAUCGCCGGAGCCGCAAAAAGAGGAAACCUGGAUCAGAGCGCAGCUGCGACAGCUCCUCGCCGCUCCGGAAGGAGAAGAAAAAGAAGAACGGGAAGAAACACAGACGAGACAGGUCUGAGUCUGGAUCCCGGAAGAAGAGAAGACACAGGUCCCGGAGCCCCAAGAACAAAAGGAAAGAGAAAAACAAAGAGCGAAAGAGAUCCCCCAGCAUCUCCCCAGCCCGCAGAUGCCACGGGCACAGCAGCUGCAGCUCUCAAAGCACUUCACUCUCGUCAGAUUACAGCCACUCCAAAUCGCCCGGCAGACUAACCCCCAAGCACAGAGAGGACGGCCACAAGCCCAGCAGCCUCCGCUCCAGCCGCAGCCCGUCCUCCUCUCGCACCUGGCACAGCCGCUCGGCCACGCCACACCAGAACGGGCACAAGGGCAGCGCCCAGAAUGGCCGGCACACCCACGGCCCCUCGGGUGGAAAACAGCAGGAUAGGCUGGACUCCACGUCCCCUUCUCCCAGGGGGCAUGUCAAGACCGAGCCGCCGUCCCCCCGCUCCAAGGGCGGCAGACGAGGCCCCAGAAGCCCCCGGUCGGUGUCGCCGGAGAAAGGAGGCCGAUGCUCCGGAGGGGACAAGUACCUCCACCGACGCCGUUCCCGGUCCCCGUCGCUGCACAAACACAAGGGGAGGAGCAAGGCCAAGGCCUCGGCCCAGAAGGAGUCCUCCCACUCGCUUAGCCACACCGACUACAGCAGCGAUUCGGAGGGGUCGGCCUGCUCGCACCCCUACCCGGCGACGCGGGGGGCGGAGAAGAACCAUGGGGCGCAUUUGAAAAAGGUGAAGGACAGACACCACCGGGGCAGGCCAAACAGCAGCUCCCAGUCCCCUGUCAAGCACUCCAGGCACAACUCCGAGAGAAGGAAGAGCCUGUCCCGUAGCAGAUCCUGGAGCUCCAGCGGCUCCCCAUCCAAAUCCCGGUCGCGAUCCCGGGAGAAAAGACCAGCACGGAGCCGGAGCCAGUCUCCAUCGCAGAAAAAAACCUCAAGCAGAGAGAAAGACAACGAGCCCCGAACACGGCACAGUGACACGGAUCCUGCCCGGGCCAGGCGCCGCUCCAGAAGCUAUUCCCCUAUCAGGAAGAGGAGGCGUGACUCUCCCAGCUUCAUGGAGCCCAGAAGAAUUACAAGUGCCCGCAAGCGCCCGAUCCCCUACUACAGACCCAGCCCUUCCUCUUCCAGCUCCCUGAGCAGCUACUCCUACAGCCGGAGCCACAGCCGGAGCUCCGACAGCUACAGUACCAGCCGGAGCCGGACUCGCAGCCCCCAGAGCCGCUCUCGCAGCCCCAGCCCCAGCCCCAGCUACGACAGUCACAGCAGCUCGGAGAGCGCCGGGUUCUGAGCCAGCCGCAGGCAUGCCCCUCUCGCUCCCCUUUCCACCCUGCCCCCGUUGGCUCUAGGGUGCCCAGGCCCCACCCGUCACUGGGCUCCGUGCCCACCCCUCUCACACAAGCUGGCCUGGUCCUUCCAGCACAUCCUCGCCUUCUCCUUGAAGAGGGAGAUGGAGCCGCCAGGUGAGACAGACAGCUGAUCGGGGUGGGGAGGGGAGGUUUGAGGGGCAACCGUGGCAGCUGCUAACAGCUGGCGCUCGAGGCUGACGAGUGGGAUGCAGGCAGCGCCCAGCCCCCAUUGUUGCCCUGGCUCAAGGGGCAUGCAGGGCAGCGGAGGAGGCGGCCAGGCUGAUGUUACUCCCAGCAGGCUGCAGUGACCGGGCAAAUACAACCCUGCUGUCGCCCAUCACGAGGGGCAGGGCGGACUCCAAA